AUGUGGCAGCAGGCUGGAGCGCACCGCUGGAUUGCAGCCUGCUUCUGUGAUUGCUUUGACGAGCCGCCCCUGUCGGACCGACGCACGCCCCCGCCGGCAUCGCGCGCCGCGUCGGCGUCCCCGGUGCUGCGGCCCGGCGGCGCCGCUGCGGCGUCGCCGGCGCCCGUGCGGCGCCCUGGGAGGCUGGCACAGGCGGCGAAGGCGAGGAGCAAUGAGAUAGAGGAGGAGGAGGACACGGGCGGGGCCGACGGGGCGUCCGCCGCGGGCGCCCUGUCGCGCGGCGUGAGCAGCAGCGGCGGCGGCCUCGCGCUCAAAGCGGCGGCGGCGACGACACCGGGGCGCGGCGUGGGCGCGGGCGCAGCGGCUGCGCCGGCGGCGGCUGCUGCGGCGGCGCGGCCGGCGGCGAGGAAGGUGUCGCGGAAGGAUGACGACGAUGACAUCAGCGAGAUGUCACUGACGGACGAGGAGGCGGCCGCACUGCCCUCCGCUGCCCAGGAGUACUCGCCCCCCGCCAAGGCCGCCGGCCGCGGCGCCUCCGGCAGCAGCGGCGGCAGGGCCGCGGGCCGCACGGGCUCGCUCGGCGCGGCGGGCAUGGCGGCGGCAGGGGCGGCGGCGCGGGAGCGGCCGGAGCGCAAGGAAGAAAAAUACGAGGGCGAGCUCAAGCCGCUGCUGCGGGACGCCAAGGCGCUCCUGGCCGGAAAGCUGAGCGCCGCCGUCGCCGCGGCGCGCAGCGGCAUCGCGCGCCGCAGCUCGGCCGACUCAGACGGCGAGUCCAGCGGCUCCGACGGCGGCGGCCGUGCCGGGAAGAAAGAGGAGCCGGUCUCGGCGUCGCGCGCGUCGCUGCGCGACGCGCUUGCGGUCGCGCAGGAGCGGCAGCGGGAGCGCGAGCAGGGGCCACGCGGAGGCGGCGGCGUUGGCGGCGGCGGCGGAGGCAAGGGGGCGGGGGCGUCAGCGGCCGCGCCGGCGGCGCUGUCGGAGGACGAGGCUCGCAGCGCCCUGUUCAGCGUCGGCGGCGGCGGCAGCAGCGGCUCGUCCAAGGCCAAGCCGGCCGCGCUGUCGCGGGCCAGCAGCGGGGGCGCCAGCGGCAGCCGGGCGGGCGGCAAGGCGGCUGAGAAGACAGAGGACGAGUUGAGGGCCGAGCUCUUCGGCCCUGGCCCCAGCCCCAAGCCGGCGGCAAAGCAGCCCUCGGGCGGCGCGAAGAAAGCAAAGGAUGCGGAUGCGGGCGCAGCCAAGAAGGGCAAGGAGGCGGAGGCGGCGGCUGGAAGCAAGGAAGGCGCCGCGCCGCCGGCGAGCGGGCGCCGCGGGUCGCUGCUCGAGCGGCUGCAGCCGGCGGCGGCGGCGGCGGCCGCGCAGCAGCGGCCGGUGGCAGAGGCAAAGGGCUCCGCGCAGCGGCCGGCUGCGUCGCUGUCUGCCAGCGGCGACAGCGACGACCAGGGCUCAGAGGCGGAGGCGCCGCCGGCCAAGGCGGCAGCCGCCCCAGCCCGGGGUGCCCGCGGUGGCGCGGCGGCAGCCUCGGCAGCGGCCGGCGCGGCAGCUGCGGCUGCGGCCGGCGCGGCGGCGGGCGGGGAAGCUGCGGCGCAGCUGCGGGCGGAGAACGAGAAGCUGCGCGCGCAGCUGGCGGUGCUGCGGGACCAGGCUUUCAUGAGCGACACGGCUCGGGCGCGCGCGCAGGUGUCCUCGGCUGACGACGCCAAGCGGCAGGCCAGGCUGCGGGAGGAGCGGCUGGCGUCUGAGCGCGACGAGGCCAGGCAGCAGGCGGAGGAGUUGCAGGAUCAGUUGAAGGAGGCCGUCGCGGCCUCUAUCGAGGCGGGCGACGCAGCAGAGCUGCAGUUGGAAGUCGAGGAGCUGAGGCGCCAGAUCAGCGAGCAGCAGCGCCAGCACGACCUCCAGAUCGCGGCGGCGGAGGCGGCGGCUUCCACAGCGCGGCGCGAGUCGGCGGCAUCUGAUGGGGGUGGUUUGGAAGCUGCCGUGCAGCUGCGCGCGCGCUGCGAGGACCUGGAGGGCCUGCUGCACGACGCGCGGGCUGAGGUCGCUGAUUUGAACGAGCAGGUUGCGCAGGCCCGCGGCCAGAUCUCAGAGCAACAAGGCCAGAUCGCAGACCUCGAAGCCAAGGUCGCCGAACGGGAAACCCAACUCACAGCCGCCGCGGCAGGCCGGGAGGCGGGCGGCGCGGCGGAGGCGCGCGCGGCCGAGCUGCAGCGGCGGCUGGCGGAGGCUUUGAAGCAGGUUGAUGAGAGUGUUGCCAUGGCCACCAGGGCGGAGGGACAGAAGCGGGAGCUGCGGGAGCAGGUCGUGGCGCUGACAAAGCAGGUCGAGCUGCUGUCGAAAACCCGCGGCGCCGCCGACGGCGGCGACCCCGCGCCCGGGACGCCCACGCAGCAGCAGCCCUCCACGCCCACCGCCCGCCGCCUGCUCGGCGGCGCCGCCGCCGUCGCCGACGGCGCCGCGGCGCGCGCGAGCGGCGGCGGCCGACAGGGCGCUAGCCCCGCGGACGACGCGGCCGCGCCCAGCUUGCGGCGGCGCGUGGCGGAGCUGGAGCGGCAGAGGGACGACGCGCUCGCGGCCCUCGUGGCCGAGGCGCGGCCAAUGCUGAAAGCCCCGGCGGUCCUCGGCCAGCUGAAUGCAGAGGUCGCGGCGGAGGUCAAGGAGGCGGCCGACGCGGCCGGGCUGGAGGCGGCAGGUGCUGAGCAGCUGCUGCAGGCGCUGCUGGCGCUGAGGGCGGGCGCGCUGGCGCUGCGGGCUGGCGAAGAGGCGCAGCGGGGCCUGCAGGACAAGGUCAAACUGCUGCGCUCCCUGGUGGACGAGGCGGGCGCGCAGCAGAAGGCCCCUGCAUUGUCAACCCAGUCGGCGCGGGCCGAGCAGCAGCUUCGCGCCGAGCGCGACGGGUUGUCUGCUGACAAGGCCAGGCUGGAGCAGGAGAUCGCCCGCCUGGCGCUGCAGCUGGCGGAGGCGAGGGACCAGGUCGCGGCGGCCGAGGGGAAGCUGCUGCUGACGCAGCAGGGGGGCGGCGGCGGCAGCGAGUGCGGCGCGGCGUCGCCGCCGCUGAUACGCGCGCUGCGUGGAAGCGACGGCGGGCGCGAGGCGGCGGCUGCAGCAGCGGCAGCGGAGGCGGCGGCGACGCAGGCGCAGCUGCUACGGGCGCAGGAAGAGCUGUUCUUUGCUCUGUCGGAAAAGGAGAAAGAGGUGGAGCACCUGCAAGCGCAGCUCGCGGCCGCUACUGCGAAACGGGCGGCCGCGGUCACGGACCCCGCUGCGCAGCAGGCAGCCGCCGAGGCCGAAGCCGCGGCGGUGGCGGCGGCAGCGGAGCUGCGGGCGGCGCGGGCGGAGGUGGGGCGUCUAGAAAGUGUGAGGGACAAGCUGGAGUCGAUGCUGACUGACUUUGAGGCGGAGGCCGCAGAGGAUCAGGGCAGGCUGAGUAAUGAGCUGGCUGCAGCAGAGCGCCGGGCGGCCUCGGCAGAGCAGCGGCUCGCUGACGCGGGCCGGCGUCUCGCGGCGGCGGAGGGGGAGGCGGCGGCGCAGCGGCAGCUGCUGGCGGAGGCAAGGCAGCAGCUAGAGCAGCAGCAGCAGCAGCAGCAGCAGCAGCAGCAGCAGCAGCAGCAGGCGGCGGCGGCCACAGCAGCGGCAGCGGCAGCAGCAGCAGCGUCGGCGGGCCUCGUCCCCUCACCGGCCAUCCUGCAUCAGGGCAACAGCGACCGCACCGCCGAGGCCGAGGCCGCCGCGUCCGCGCUCAAGGCGCGCGUCGAGCAGCUGCAGUCCAAGGUGGGGCAGCUGGAGGGCAGCUGCCGCGUGCUGGAGCGGGAAAAGUCGGAGCUCAAGCAGCGGCUGGCGGAGGAGGCUGAGGACCGCGCCGCCCUGGAGGAGCGCGUGCGCGAGCAGCUGGAUGAGGCCGGGGAGGACAUGGCCCAAGAGGCAGUGGCGGGGUGGGAGGCCAAGUACUCGCGCCUCAAGGGGCGGUACAGGGAGCUCCAGGCUGCGGGGCGCGAGGAGGUUGACGCGCUGCACGACGAGCUCGCGGCAGCGCACGAGGCGCUGGGCCAGCUGGAGGCGCAGGUCGCGGCCCUGGAGGGCUUCAGGAACGCGGCCACCAAGGGGGAGGCGGCGCUGGCGGAGACCCUGCAGGCCAGCAGCCGCGCCACGGGGGACCUGUCGCAGGCCAAGCGCGAGAACGAGACGCUGAUGCAGGAGCUGGUCACCCGCAAGCUGGAGCUGGCCCUGCUGAGUGAGAAGGAGGUCAUCGCGCGGCGCGAGCUGUACAAGGCCAAGGAAGCCAACAUGAAGCUGGCCAGCAAGCUGACUAAGAUGGAGGCCGCGGUCUACUCGCGGCGCUAG